AGGUAACCGCUUGUCCUGUGUGCCCAGAGGAGAGACUGCGGCACUGAGUCACGGUCCUGGUGUCUGCACGCCGCGUGGCUCUCAGGUUCACCGUGUGGCUUAAUUAGGACAUCCCGGAAGAGUCACGGAGCUCGCGCAGCUGAGUGACGGGGCAGGGAGGCAGGAGGGGACCGCAGCACAGCCACCAAACCGUCUCGGGAUAUUGACAGUCCCAACAAAACACCAGCAGAAAUUCACUGUGGACCAGAGGAGGGAGGUUUGUCACUAUGGAAGGUUUAAUGGAGCGGUUGGAGAGAGCUGUGACUCGCCUGGAGAAGUUAUCCGUCACGAUGCAUGCAUCCAGCGGCAUGGCUAACGGGGACUGCGCCAACGGCAUUGAUGGAGGUUUGUCUCAAUGUGUGGAGGCCUUUGACGUCCUCCUGAGAGGUCCAGUGUCAGAGUACCUGAACUACAGCCGUGCCAUAGGAAGUGAGGUGGAGAAACAUGCGGAGAUGGUGAACAACGCUCUGCAGACUCAGAGAACUUUUCUCAAGAUGGCUGCAACGCACCAGGAACCUGCACAGAUGGAGCUGAACGACCUGCUGAAGCCAAUUUCAGAUCACAUCCAGGAGAUCCAGAGUUUCCGUGAACGAAACCGCGGCAGCACCUUCUUCAACCACCUGUCGGCCAUCAGUGAGAGCAUCCCCGCUCUAGGCUGGGUAGCUGUGAUUCAGAAGCCGGGGCCGUAUGUGAAGGAGAUGAAUGACGCUGCCACGUUCUACACCAACAGAGUGCUGAAGGACUACAAGGAAACCGACAGACGUCAUGUAGACUGGGUGCGCUCCUACCUGUCCAUCUGGACCGAGAUGCAGUCCUUCAUCAAACAGCACCACACUACGGGGCUGGCUUGGAGCAAGAGUGGCCCCAUCGCUCCUCCUUCCCUCUUCGACACCCCCAGUGCUCCCUCCUGUCCUCCUCCCCCUCCCCCUCCUCCCCCUGGCCCACCUCCAGUCUUCACUGAUGAUGACUCCCAGCCUCAGGCGACCAACACAGCAGCCCAACACUCAGCAUUGUUCGCCCAGCUCAACCAGGGCAUGGACAUCACUAAAGGUCUGAAGCAUGUAUCAGAUGAAAAGAAGACCCAUAAGAACCCAAAUCUGCGUUCGCAUGCAGCACCAACCAAAACAAAGUCGCCCGCGACGGUGAAUUCGUCCAAAGCAGCAGUCCAGAAAAGACCCCCUCUGCUGGAGCUGGAGGGGAAGAAAUGGAGAGUGGAGAACUUUGAGCAGAAACACGACCUGAUCAUUGAGGAGACCGAGCUGAAACACGUGGUCUAUGUCUUCGGCUGUAACAACUCCACAGUGCAGGUUAAAGGCAAAAUUAACUCCAUCAUCAUAGACAACUGCAAGAAGCUGGGUCUGGUUUUUGAGAACGUUGUUGGGAUUGUGGAGAUCAUCAACUCAAAAGCAAUUCAGCUACAGGUGUUGGGAACAGUUCCCACCAUUUCCAUCAACAAAACAGAGGGCUGCCAGGUUUACCUGAGUAAAGACUCCCUCAGCUGUGACAUCGUCAGUGCCAAGAGCUCUGAGAUGAACAUCCUGAUACCACAAGAUGACGACUAUAGGGAGUUUCCAGUACCGGAGCAGUUCAAGACUGUUUGGGACGGCACCAAACUGGUGACAGAGCCCACUGAGAUCGCAGGCUGAUUGAUGCUUCAUCGUCGCUACCAGUAACAAAAUAAUCAUCGUCAGUGAUUUUACAAUCUCUCUGUUCGAGAUAUAAAAGGGAUUACUGCAACAGAUUAACUUUUAGCCCGCUCGUUGUUACUGUAUUUGUAAUUUCAUGUGUCUCAAGCACUUUUAACCAGCAAGUAUGUAGAUCAUCCCUCUAAGCAAAAGACAUCUUCACUAAAUAAAUGGACGUCUCAGGUUUUAAGUCCCACAAA